GGAAUAUGAGUCAGGAAGCCGAAGCACUUUUCUAAUGAACCUUACACGGGAGAUUAUUUACUCUUUCUUUAAUGGUAUUUUCUUAAAAUCUAAACGUAUCUUAACUCGACUCUGACUUCACGUGGAAUCAUGACAGUGUUUGAAAACUGUACUGUAGUGUUAGAUGUGAAGAAUGUCCCUUAUAAAGAGAAGAAGAAGCUGAGAUUGGCUCUUCUGGAUAAUGGAGGAAACGUAUCUUAUGUCAUCAACAAAGAGUGCUCUUUUGUAGUCACUAGCAGUGUGAAUGACCUGAGCAGUAACCGGCAGAGCAGCAUCCAGAAGCUCCGGAUCCCAGUGGUUGGGACGCAGUAUGUGUGGUGCUGUCUGGAUGAAGGGCAUCUCCUGCCUUUGACGGAGCAUGAUUUGGCCCCACAGCUGGCUUAUCCCACCUCUGAAUUCAUCUCUUGUCCAGAGGGAAAAGUGUCGACCCAGAUACAAGAAAAAGAGGAGUUCAAAGGUCAGUCUGAAUUCCCGAAGACUGAGAUAGCGGCUCUUGAGAAGGGCGGACCCAGUCUUAGCAGGUUCAGAGUUUACAGAGGCGGCGACCAUGAGCUGCCUGAAUUUCCUUCACAUUUUCAAGUGGCCAAGUAUUCCAUUUUUGAGAGGGUCAAACCCAAGACUUUGUCUGUUUUGGAGCUGCAGAGUGCCAGAGGACGAAAAGGCCAGCAGUAUCGUGUGUUGUCUUCAAUCUUGCAUGAAGCUGAGAGCGCAGUGGUGCAGGACAAGCUUGUGUACUGCGUGACGUCUGAGGAUGCUGUGGAAGCGUAUCUGCUGCUGAUGAAGGAGAUGGAGACACAGGGAUUCACAAGGACUCACACCCUUCCUCCUGAGGUUGAACACUUGGCGUCCUACAGCCUGCAGCAGCUUCUGUUGGAGGAGAAGCUGAACUGCAGCUCAUUAUCACAGGAAGUUGGCGUCUUUGUGGAGCUGGUUUGGACCGAAGCUCUCGGUUCCCUUAGUGACAUCCUGACAGUCCCUGUCUCCAGAAUCAGCCUUAAUGAUGUGAGCAGGGUGGAGGGAUUGUUACUGCAGGCACAAAAGACUCAGAAAGAGGAUGAAGUCAAGGCCCUGCUAGAGGAGGUCAACACUCUUCUACCCCUCAGAAUGAUCGACCCUCCUUCCAAACACAAGCUUGUGUCUCAGAAACUAGAUCUUUGUCAGCUGAUAAGAGACAUUUUGAAUGUGAGUGAAGCCACUCUGGGAAGCCCCUCGCCCUCGUCUCUGGGAAAGUAUCGAGCUCUGAGGUGCAGCAUUGAGGUUGUUCCACCACAAAACCCUGAGUUUCAUGUUGUCUCUCAACUGCUUCAUGAAAGGCCUGUUCAGAUUCAGCAGAUACUGCGUGUAAGCAGAGGGGUGGAGCUUCAAAUGUUUUGGGAGGAUAUAGGCAACAUUAAGCCUCUCCUUCACUCCACUAGUCCCAGUAGUUUUGUUGGAAUACUGUCACGAGGUCUGCUGCUGCCCAGAGUUGGAGUCGAACAGCAUGGAAUUGAGAGGACGGAUAUCGGGAAUCUUGGAGGAGGAAUCUACUUCAGUGACUCUCUAAACACUAGUGUGAAAUACUCCAAGCCCAGUGUAACUGACGGCUCUCGGUUGUUGUUGGUGUGUGAAGUGGCGUUGGGUCGGUGCAAAGACCUGCUGAAGAAAGACACCACUUUGACCUGCGCCCCUGAAGGCUACCACAGUGUACAUGGAGUCCACCGCACACCCAACAGACUCUCUGAAUUUGAGGAUGAUGAGUUUGUUGUCUAUAACACAGAGCAGAUCAGACUGAAGUAUGUGGUUCAGUACACUCUGGAGGGAGACGAGUUAAAAGAGUUCCAGCCUCAUAUCAACACAGUUGUGGAGCUCACACAGCUCGCUGACACGUCUGACGUCUUGUCCAGUGAUGACAGUGAGGGUUUGGAGUCCACUAAAAACCCUCUGGAGGAGAUGACUGCAGGUUUGCUGGACAGCAAUGGUCAGAAAAUUCCUCUUCAGGCCGUCAAUGUGAGGUGCAAGCUGAUGGACCUGCUGUGUCAGGUCAUCAUUUUUCAGACCUACACAAACAAGAGUGCUGUUCCCAUUGAAGCAAAGUACGUCUUUCCACUGGAGGAGACGGCAGCAGUGUGUGGAUUUGAAGCCUUUAUCAAUGGAAAACACGUCGUUGGAAAGGUAAAGGAAAAAGAGCAGGCUCGUAAGGAGUAUAAGCAAGCCAUAGAGAAGGGCCAUGGAGCCUACCUGAUGGACCAGGAUGCACCUGAUGUAUUCACUAUCAGCGUGGGGAACCUUCCUCCCGGAGCCACAGUUUUGAUCAAGGUGACGUUCAUCACUGAGCUGGUGGUGAGAUCAGGCUCUAUAGUCUUCUCACUGGCUGGCAGCGUGGCACCAUGGCAACAGAGCGCCGCCCUUAAUAUGACAACUCAGACAACUGUUGAAAAGAUUGGUGUGACGGAGCUUCAGUCAGAGGGGGAGUUUUCUCUGUCUAUGUCCAUCGAAAUGCCUUACGAGAUCAUCAACUUGAGUUCUUCACACCGCAUCAAAACCAAGAUGACCGACUGUAAGGCAGUGGUCAGCACGUUACCGGGACAGACUCUUGGAUCUGAAGGGUUACAGGUGUCCUUCAGUCUUUCUAAUAUCCACAUGCCCAGGAUGUGGGUCGAGAACCAUCCGGAUAAAUAUAGUCAGGCCUGCAUGCUGGUGUUUUAUCCAGACUUUAAGUCAAGCGGGGUUUCCAGCUCUGGAGAUCCGUCCAGUGUGAGCGAUGUGGUGAUUCUACUGGACUCCUCCAAGUCCAUGCGGGGAGACGCCAUGCUGAACGCCCGCAGGAUUGCCCUUCAAGUCCUCAAAUCUCUGGACCGCUCACUGAAGAUCAACAUCAUCUCUUUCAGCACUGAUUACAAGGAAGCUUUUCCUGCUCCAGUGCCUUUAGAUGAAGCCUCUGAACCAGCCAGAAAAUUUAUUAUGUCCUGUAGUGGCGCUGGUGGCGGCACUGAGCUGUGGCGGCCUCUCCAGAGCCUGAGCCUGCUGUCUCCCUGCCGGGGCGUGAGGAACAUCCUGCUACUCUCUGAUGGACAUGUUCAGAACCAGCCUCUGACCCUACAGCUGGUCCGAGAAAACUCCUGCCACACGCGCCUCUUCACCUGUGGACUCAGCUUGACAGCUAAUCGUCAUAUGCUCAGAGCUUUGGCUCAAGCAGGUGGAGGAACAUGUGAAUUUUUUGACACAAAGAUGAAACACACUUGGGCAGAGAAGGUGCGCGCUCAGGUUCAGCGUAUGGAGUCUCCAGGCUGCAGAUCAGUGGCAGUGAAGUGGCAGCAGUUUAAUCCCACAGCGCCUCCUCCUGUUCAAGCCCCCUCACAGCUUCACGGCCUCUUCAGUGACUGUCACACUCUCAUAUACGGCUUUGUGCCGCACUGCACUCAGGCCACACUGUUUGGAGAUUUGAGUGGGAAUGAGAUCAAAACAAUGGUUUCCACCACAGAACUACAAAAGACGAAAGGAACUUUCCUUCACAAGUUAACAGCAAGAGCGAUCAUCAGAGACUAUGAAGAUGGCAUUCUAGGCAACAGUGAAGCAGAACAUGAGGGGAAGAAAGCAGAGCUGAAGUCCUACAUCAUUGAGCUCAGUAAAGAGUUCUCCAUCUUGUCCCAGUUCACAAGUUUUGUCGCCAUCGAAGAGAGGGACCAGAAUGAGCCUGACGCUGGAUUGACAGAUAUUCCUAAACUCAUAUCAGAAGAGGAUGUGGAUAUUUUGCCAUAUAUGGGCUGGACUGAAGAGAAGCUCAUGGUUGAGCACAUUAUUUGUGCUGAUGAUGUUAGGAUGGAUUCAGAGGAAUGGCGCAGUAGCGGCUCCACAUCUCUUAUUCUGCACAGUUCAGCUCGUAAAUUUGCAUUUGAUGAUGAUGAAAAUGAUUCAGAGGAUGACUAUGAGGAUCCUAUUGAGGAUUUUAUAAUGGAAGCAUCUGCAGCUCUCCCUCGUCUUUGCUCCAGUAGCAGCUGGCGUCCUUCACGUUUUGAAGGUAGCAUUCACGGUUUCAGAUUAGAUUCAGAAAGAUUAUGUAGCCGUUCUUCUAGUUCUGAUGUAAGUUAUUCAAAGCCUCAACCCCCCCCUCCCCCUGCCGCUAAGAUUAGUGCCUUAAUGGAUGCUCCCAGUCCUGUUGGCCAUGUUCUUCUUGAGUCAGUGGAACCUACUGGUGGUGUCUCCAUGAGUGACAGACUUCCUCCUCCCACUGCAGCCUCAAUGCCUCUUAACCUUCAAGUUCCCUGUUACUAUGAUUCAGUAGAAUCUCUCUCCUCAAAUUAUAACCUUGCAUCACAGACAGACGUGAGUCCUAUAGAUGCCUCAAUGGAUGCUCCCCUUCCUCAUCACAUUCGUCAUGUCCUUCUUAAAAGGUCAAUGGAACCUCGCUCCAACGCUCACUGGAUUUCUCCUCGUCCUUCUGGUGGUGCCCGGAGUGACAGGCUUCCCCCUCCAACUCCCCCUCCCCCCGCCUCCAAGGGUGCCUCCUCAGUGCCUCCUCCCCUUCAUAUUUCUGCAUCAGCGGACUCUCUCCUCUUUGAAACUUAUGCCCAUGGCCUUCGCCUAGCGCUUGGGCUUGAAGGCUCAACUCCUCCUCUCUUUGCAGGUCCUCCUCCAAAUCCUAGUCUUGCUUCUAAUCUGUUCUUGUCUUCCAUCCCCACUCCUCCUGCUCCUCUUUUUGGCAGGCCGAGCGCAUCUUUUUCAACGAUGGAAUUCCCUGCCCUUCGCUGUCUCUCAGAGAUCCAGCGUGACGCCUCAACUCCUCCUCUCUUUGCAGGUCCUCCUCCAAAUCCUAGUCUUGCUUCUAAUCUGUUCUUGUCUUCCAGCCCCACUCCUCCUGCUCCUCUUUUUGGCAGGCCGAGCGCAUCUUUUUCAACGAUGGAAUUCCCUGCCCUUCGCUGUCUCUCAGAGAUCCAGCGUGACGCCUCAACUCCUCCUCUCUUUGACGGUCCUCCUUUUCCUCCUCGUCUUGCAUCUAAGCAGGACUUGUCUCCCACUCCUAGUUUUGCUCCUGCUUUUUUUCGCAGGGUGGAUGCAUCUUUUUGUGGCAAGGCGGCUGGCCCCGCUGUCUUUGGUUAUCCCACAGUGUCUACGCCGCCCUCUCUCCCUGCAUCUAGUGGCUUUGGUUGUUUCCUUCAAAGUACGAAUGAGCCUUUGGGCUUUCUUGGUUCCUCAUCCUCUGGACUUUAUGAAGCAUCUCAUCAAAAACAAACACAACUAAUGCAACCAAAAGCGCAACAACUAGAACGGCAAAAACUACUACGGCCACAAGACACUCUGACAUCUGCACAAUGUAAGUUGGAAGCAACAAAAAGGGCUGCUCCUCGUUUUCAACUAAGGACUCAACAUUUCACAAAACCUCAUGACAUCUUGAAUCUGUCGGUCACGGCAGAUAAAACAAGCAAGCCUGACACCGUUGCCUGGAAGGAGCUGUUUGAGCUUCAACAUGAGGAUGGAUACUGGGAGUGCACUGAGAGACUGAGCAGCUUCCUCAACCUGGACGUAGACUUUUUUGCCAAUGUCUUCCUUCAGGAGAAAGGCAUCCGUUCCUUUGGUGUGAAGGCUCAUGCUGAAAUUCUGAGACUGGUGGCGACUCUGCUGGUGCUGCAGCUGAUCCGGGUGAAGAAGCUGGCAGUGGGACAGUUGCUGGAGUCUCUCCUCCGGCUGAAAGAGUCUCAGGAGCCCAGACCAAUGCACUGGGAGGCAGUGAAGAGGGCCGUGGACUGGGCCUGUCGGACAGACAGACAGUAUCCGUGUGUGUGCAGCAGGCUGGAGAUCGGCCGGGAUUGGGAAUCAUCUACACGUCAGCUGCUGGGCUGUGAUUCUCCACACCCAUAUUCCCCUCUCAAACCUGUUCUGGAGAGACGUGCGUGUGUAUCAGUCAUGUAGGAACUGGACACACACUUCCCCCUUCAUUUACAGUUGCUGCUUUACUUGCUGCUUGCUUGUUGCAAAAAAAUCUUUCUAGCCUUUAAGUGGCCUUAACAAUAUAUUUAGACUGUUUUGAACUAUAAGAUUAACUCAAAAUAUUGAUGUAAAAUGUCUGAAUUUCAUUGUAUUCUAAAGUAUCAAGGUUUUGUAAGCCUUUUUU